AUGAGAAAUCAAAACGUAAUUUUUAAAGGAGAAAAAAGUAAAAUAAAUAAUAAAGUAAUACACAAAAACAGGAACAUUUUAAAAUGUUUUAUAAGGAGGAGUGCCUAUUAUUUUUACCCAAAAAAAUCUAAAUCAGAAUUUUAUUAUACUUUUAAUAGUGGUAAUUCUGAACUCAUUAAAAAGUGCAGAGAUAGUAAGUAUAUAUUAUCAUAUAUAUACAGUAAAAUCUGUUGCUUGAAAAGGAAUAGUAGCAAUGUGAAAAAUUACUUGCUCGAGACGAAUGAUACCCAAGUUAAUAACAUAAAAGUAGGCCUAAUAAAAUUAAAUGAAGAAAAGGAGAAAAACUUGAAUUAUAUAGCCGCACUUAAUGGAAUAAACAAAGCGAGUAACAUGCAGUUGUCUAGAGAUGAAUAUGCAGCAAAUUCAGAUGCUACAAACGAGAAUACGCCAGAUACUAAUGAAAAACGAAAGGAUAUUAGUUUACCCACACUUACAGAUAACGAUAAAGUGACAAAUAGUCCACUAUUUUUAUCAUGUUGUAAUAGAAAAGAGAAGGAAAAAAUAAUUUUAGUCAUAGGCGUAACAUGCAGUGGUAAGACAAAGUUUAGUAUCGACUUAUGUAAAGAAUUAUUAAAUCAUAAUAUAGAAGGGGAAAUUAUUAGUGCUGAUUCUAUGCAAGUUUACCAGGAUUUUAGUGUAGGAAUUGCAAAAGUAGAUGAAGAUGAAAAAAGAGAUAUAAAACAUCAUAUGUUAGAUGUAUGUGAAUUAAAUCAAGAGUUUAAUGCUCACAAAUUUAUUAAUUAUACAAUACCAAUUAUUAAAAAUAUUAAUAUUAAUAAAAAGGUAGCUAUAGUAACAGGGGGUACUCUUCUAUAUAUUGAAUCUUUGUUAUGGGAGUCCGUCGUUGAUUUAAGGGAAAAAAGGGAAGAAGAAAAGGCUGAACAGUUGCCAGGUGAGAGAGUAGGAGAAAAAGUAAAAGACAAGUAUGAACAUAAAACAAAUGAUGAAUUGCACGAAGAGCUUAAAAGAGUUGAUGAAGAAAGAGCUAAUCAGCUCCACAAAAAUGAUAGAAAAAGAAUAUGCCGAAGUCUUGAUAUUUUUUACACAUAUAAUAAAAAACAUAGUGAAUUAAUAAAAAUGAAAAAUCACAAAAACAAUAACAUUGAGAAAACAAGAUAUUUACCUUGUUUGUUUUAUUUAGAUUAUAAUAACGAUGAUAUCUUAAAAGAACAAAUUGAAAAACGAGUGAACGAUAUGAUUUUAAAAGGCCUUUUGGAUGAAGCUAUAAAAUUAAAAGAGAUGAACAAUACCAAGGAUGUAAAAUUAUUAGGAAAAGGAAUAUAUCAAAGUAUUGCAUAUAAAGAAUUUGAUACAUAUAUCGAAAACAAAAUAAUUAACAAAAUUGAUGAUGAGAAGUUAUUCAAUAUAUGUAAGGAUAAUUUAAUUAGAAAAACUUAUAAAUAUGCCAAAAGACAAAGAAGAUGGGUUUUUAACAGGUUUGUAAAAAAUUACAGUAUCCCCUUAAACAAAAUUGAUGUGUCAACGAAUUAUACGCAGCAGCUAAGUAAUGCAUUACAAAUUGUGUUGAAUUUUUUGAAAAGUUAA